AUGCCUCUUCCAGAAACCACCUUUUGUGCUCAGCAGAUCAAAAUCCCCCCUGAGCUACCUGAUAUUCUGAAGCAAUUCACUAAAGCUGCUAUUAGGACUCAGCCUCACGAUGUUUUGCAGUGGGCAGCUGCGUAUUUUUCAGCAUUGUCGAAAGGUGAGCCCCUUCCUGUGAAGGAGAGGAUCGAAAUGCCUUUAGCAACAGAGAAAACAGAUGCUGGUUUGACCCUAGGACUACUUAAAGUCUUGCACAAACAGCUUUCUCCCAAAGGAAUGGUGACUGUUGCAGAACUGAAGGAAAAAUGGAAGCAUUUGUGCUUGCCAGAGGAGCAGUUGGAAGCUAUCCUGCAGCUGGACAGCUUCGGCGAGGAGGUGGAAUGGAUGAAGAUCCUGGCCCUUGGGUGCAGCGUGCUUGGCGGGUCUUUACUUAGUUCUAUGAAACAUGCCUGUGAAAUCUUAACCAAGGACCCGGAAGGUGGAGCGGCUCGCAUUCCCUUCGAAACGUUCUCAUUCCUUUACUCAUACUUGGCCGGUAUCGAUGGAGAAAUACCUCAGAAGGAAACUGAAGCGUUCCUCGGUGGAAUCAAAGAAGAAGCUGACCGACAAGCUGGCAUGGUGCUGCUCAGAAACUUUCUGACCCAGCCCUCAACACUGUUUUGA